AUGACGCAUCCAUCGAGAACACCAGGAGCUGCCAUCAGCCCAGAAAACGUGCUAGUGGUGCAAGAUGAUUUAGAAGCAGGUAGAAGCAAUGGUGCGAUUCGCGACUACUUUGAGCAAUCGAGCCAUCCUGUUGCGUCCUUCUUUUUCUUGGCAUUUCGCUCAGGCGCACUGUUAACCUAUCUGCUAGGCUCGCUCUUUUCAAACAAUUUCACUCUGAUAUUCGUAUUGGUGAUUUUACUGUUGGCGUUUGAUUUCUGGACGACAAAGAACAUAUCAGGCCGUUUGUUGGUGGGACUGCGAUGGUGGAAUGAAAUACAGUCGGAUGGAUCCAACAAGUGGGUGUUUGAGAGUGCCAGUCCAGAUCGAAAACCAAACAAUGCAGAUUCGCAAUUGUUUUGGGUGGUUCUUUAUGGCACGCCUCUUAUUUGGGGUGUAUUUGCAUUCUCAUGUGUUUUAACAAUGAAGAUAUCUUGGCUCUUCAUCGUUGCCAUUGCAAUUGCCAUGAAUGUUGCCAAUGUGUAUGGAUUUUCGCAGUGUGACAAGGACGCAAAGCGUAGAUGGACCACCAAUCUAGUAGCUCAAUCAGCUUUGGGAUCUCUUGGGAGUGGUGCUACUGGUUUUGUGGGUAGAGUUGUAACAUCUAGCAUAGCAAGUUUUUUCAGUUCUCGUGGAUAA